CCAAAACAAAGAGAAAAUGGAUGUUGUUAAGGCAAUACCUUAUUCAAUCACCACCACCACCAUCCCAAAUGAUCUAAUCUUCAAUCAUAUUCUCCCCCAUCUAGACGGCGUCACUCUAGCCACCGUCAGUUCCUCCUCACGCCAACUCCACUCUCUCUCCUCUCACGACCACCUCUGGCGUGACCUAUGUCACCGGACAUGGCCAUCCACCGCCCACCCAUUACUCCAACAACUCAUUUCCACCUUCCCUUCCGGCCACACCAUGUUUUACGCCGAUUCAUACCCCGCCCUAAUCCACCGCCGCCCACCGCCGUCAACUCAUCUAAUCCGCCGCCAUCCACAAACCCACUUUCUUAUAUCCGCCGUAGACAUCCAGUUUGGACAAGAAACGUUAUUCUCCAAAGUUGAAUCCAUUGAUACAGAGAGUAAAUACUUUCUUUAUUCUGAAUUUCUCGUCACUGUUUUGGGUUUCAAAGAAAGAGUCACAGUUUCUGCAGAAUCGGAAAACUGGGAGGAGGGAGAUCACGAAGCGGAGAAGAUAUUGGGGGAGAAUCUGAAACUGAGUUGGAUCAUAAUUGACCCGGAGAGUAAAAGGUCGGGUUCAGUUUCUACCCAGAAACCCGUAUCAGUGAAUCGUCACUGGCUGACCGGAGAAGUGGAGCUUGAGUAUUCGACGGUGUUCGCCGCCGGGAACAGAGGGGAGUUGGUGAAAUGUGCGGUGGUGGUCACGUGCGGAGGAGGAGGGAAAGGAGGGAGGUGGCACGUGAAGGAAGUGAGUAUGAAAAUGGAGGAUAUUGAUGGGAAGAUGAUGAAAGGGAAAGAAUGUAUGGAAAUUUUGCAAGAUGCUUUGGAGAGAGGAGAGAGAAAAGGAGAUGAAGAAGAGAGAAAGAAAGGGUUUAAUGAAUACAUGGAGAUGGUGAUGAAGAGAAAAGAGAAGAAUCAAAGAAAAGAUGGCCUUCUUGAUUUGGCUGCUAUAUCUUUUUUCCUCACCAUUUUCAUCAUCUUCUUCCUCUGUUUCCUUCAUUUUUCUCUACUCAAAUAUUAAGCAUUUCUUUAUUCAUUAAUUG